AUGUCUCAUCAGCAUCUUGUCUUAGGCCUCCCGCGUGUCUUGUCGUCGCUGCCGCCUUCGCUUGCACCGCCGUGCGGUCACUGCGUCGAGGGUCGGCUGCGCGCCACCCCUCACUCCUCCUCCCUUCGUCCGGCCACCGAGCCUUUUGAGACGCUCCACUUGGAUGUCUGGGGCCCCGCUCCUCGCCUUGGCCCUGAGCGCGAGCGUUUCUUUUUUGUGGUCGUUGACGACUUCUCCCGCUACACCACAGUGUUCCCCCUGGCGAAGCAGUAUGAGGUGACUUCUACGCUGAUCAGGUACGCCGCUCACCAGCUGAAUUUCUGGCCACGCGUCUCUCGGCCAGAGGCUUCACCGACCAGUUUUUGGACCGGGUCCCCUGGUGUUGCGUCGAGGUUUCGUGUCCGGGGUUGCUUGGCUCUUGUCCGCGACACUUCCACGGACAAGCUCUCGCCUCGCGCCAUUCCCUGUGUCUUCCUUGGUUUCCCUGAGGACUCCUCUGACUUCACCUUUUAUCACCCUCCCUCUCACCGGUUCUUUGACUCCCGUGACGUCCGUUUCGAGGAGUCCACCCCCUACUACGUCAGGUGUGUCCCAGGCUACCCCUCCCCCCUCGGUAGCCCCUCUGGUGCAGCCUCCUUCCCCGCAGUCCUCCUCGCAGCGUGCUGCGGACCCUGUGGGAGCCGGUACUCGUGA